AUGACAGUAGUGAAUAGAGGGCAAGGUGGUGUUUUCUUUCUGUAUGGUUAUGGUAGUACGGGAAAAACAUUUAGGUCCAAAGGUCAAAUCGUGUUGACAAUUGCGUCAAGUGGCAUAACAUCCCUCUUAUUACCCGGUGGUAGGAUGACACAUUCUCGCUUUGCAAUAUCACUUAAUUUAGAUGAAUUUUUAACAUGCAACAUAAAGCAAAAUACUCCGUUGGCUGAAUUAAUAAUUAGAGCUAAGCUUAUUGUGUGGGAUGAAGCUCCUAUGGUCAAUAAACUUUGUAUUGAAGCACUCAAUAGAAUCAUGAGAAAUUUUUUGAGGUUUAACAAUAUUGCAAGCUUGGAACAACCGUUUGGAGGAAAGACAGUGGUUUUUGGUGGUGAGUUUCGACAAAUACUACUAGUAAUACCCAAAGGUUGUAGGCAAGAGAUUGUCAAUACUACAAUUAACUCAUCAUAUAUAUGGGAUAGUUGUAAACUGUUGACUUUGACAAGAAACAUGCGCUUACAAGCAGACAAAAGCAAUUGUGAAAACAAUGACUUAAGAGAAUUUGCUGAUUGGAUUUUAAGCAUUGGAGAUGGUAGUGUGGAUCAUCUAUAG